AUGUCAGUCCAGCGGACAUCGUCGCGGGACGUGAACCUGCCUGUCGCCCCGGCCCGCUCGACCAGCAAUGCCGCUCUCGAAAAGGGCUCCUCCAUCGAGUCGUCUGUCCGCAAGUUCCGCAUCGUCGAGGCUUUGCGGAGCGGAAACACCGCCGCCAUCUCGAAAGCCAUCCGUGAGACCGCCGAAGGUGCACCACGACCCAGCACCUCGUCUGUCAACGGCCCUAGCUCCGGCCCUCUCGACGACACCACAGUUCUACACCUGGCUAUACAAUGUGUAGACUUUGAGGUUGUUCAGUACGUCCUGUCCGACGGUGCUGGCACCAUCGACGUCAACGCCCGCGAUAAGGACGGCAAUGUCCCCUUGCAUAUUGCUGCGACACAAGGUCGGGCCAACGUGGUGCACCUUCUUCUCCAGCAAAAGGACAUCAAUGAUGCCGUCGCCAACAACCAAGGCAAGCUUCCGCUCGAUGUCGCGCGGAGCCCUGAGAUCUUCCAGCACCUGCAGCUCGCGAGAACGUUGUUCCUCCAGGACAAGGUCCAGGAAGUCCAGUCCUACAUCCAACGGGGUGCUUAUGACUCCCUAAGCAAGAUCCUGGAAGAGCCACGUGUAAAGACCAUCCUCGAUAUCAAUAGCACUGAGCUCCCUUCAGAACCGCAAACUGUCAAAUCCGGAGGCUCGCUGCUGCACGAAGCCGCCAGGAAGCGAGACACCAAGCUCAUCCAGACUCUACUGCUACACGGAGCUGAUCCAUUCCAGCGCGAUCGCAAUGGCAAGCUGCCUCAGCACGUGACAAACGACGAUACGACCCGGGCCAUGCUCAAGCGAUCACCGGCGGCGGUUGCGGCACAGCGCAGCAUCCAGGAAAAGGCUGUAUUGGGCCAUGCUACAUCGCAAGCAGGCCCGGUCGCAUCAAGUGCGACAGAUCCGACUGCCGGUCGUGAGCCGAUCAUGAAGGGUUACCUCAAGAAGUGGACCAACUACCGCAAGGGGUACCAGUUGCGCUGGUUUGUGCUUGAGAAUGGUGUCUUGAGCUACUACAAGCACCAAGACGACGCUGAGAACGCUUGCCGUGGCGCCAUCAGCAUGCGCAUCGCGACGCUGAACAUGAGCCCUGAUGACAAGACAAAAUUUGAAAUCAUUGGCAAAUCUUCUGUCAAGUAUACUCUACGCGCCAACCACGAGGCCGAGGCGAAACGUUGGUUCUGGGCGUUGAAUAAUGCUAUCCAGUGGAUGAAAGACCAGGCCAAGGCUGAGGAGAGGAACAAGGCCCAAGGAGCCGAAUACCUCAGACAAGCGCAGGACCAGUUUUCCAAGGCCGGCUCGUCCGUCGGUGACAUUCACAGUGAGUCCGCCAGUUUCGCUGAGCCCCGGUCCAGCAUGCAGCUUUCGCGGCAUACGUCCGGAAAGGGGGUUCCGCGUGUGGCGCCAUCUCGUGGUAGUGUCUCGGGCAGCGUCGACGACGAGUUCGUGGAUGCCGGCACAGACGCCGGCCGGGAUUCUCCGCCAACAAUACCUGCCGACCUUGACGCUGACGAGGAUGACGACUAUGCCGGAAAGUCGAGCAUCGUUGAAUUGCCGUCCGCCACCAAGGACGCCUUCAAUAUUACUGCGCAAUCGGCCAGGUUGCAGCUUGACACCCUGGCGCAAGUCAGUGCGGCGCUGCAAGCCGAGGCCAACCGCAACCCGUCGAUGUCUCUUGUGGACCCCAAGGCCGCACAAGCGCUUGCCACUUAUGACUCGGCCAUCCGCAGCCUCAAGGUGCUCAUGGGUGACCUGCUGAGAAUAUCCAAGGAUAGGGACGCCCACUGGCAAUACCGCCUUGACCAGGAAGUGGAGAUGCGCCAGAUGUGGGAGGAGAGCAUGGCCAAGGUUGCCGCGGAGCAGGAAGACCUUGAGACCAGAGUUGGCAAAGCGGAGCUCAAGCACAAGAUUACGAAGCGCGCCCUUCGUGACCUCAUGGAAGGAUCCGGUAGCGCUACUGCUACCCAACCAUCCCAGCCUCUCGAGGAGGUCGGUGAAGAGGACCAGAAGCCUCCAGCUCCUCUCGGUCGCAAGGCCACCACACUUGCAGACGUGGUCGACGACCUGACCGACGACUCUGAAUCGGAGGGUGAGGAGUUCUUCGAUGCAGUCGACGCCGGGGCGGUUAGCGCUGAGCCGAUGCCGCCGUCUGAACUUGCCAGUGGCGGCGGUGAAUCCAAGCAGGAGGUCGUUGUUUCUGGUCUGGACGUCAGCAGCGCCUUCAAGGGUUACGAAGACGGUUUCCGGACCCGGCUCAAGCUUGAUUCUGAUAACCGGCCGAAGGUUGGACUCUGGGGUAUCCUUAAAUCAAUGAUUGGCAAGGACAUGACUAGAAUGACAUUGCCUGUGUCUUUCAACGAGCCUACAUCUUUACUGUAUCGGACGGGUGAGGAUAUGGAAUAUGCCCAUCUCUUGGAUCAGGCUGCAGACCGGACGGACUCGCUUGAGCGCAUGCUCUAUGUCGCAGCUUUUGCUUCCAGUGAGUUCGCUUCGACGAUCGGCCGUGUCGCCAAGCCGUUCAAUCCCCUUCUUGGUGAGACUUUCGAGUACGCCCGGCCCGACAAGGGUUACCGGUUCUUCAUUGAGCAAGUCAGCCACCACCCGCCGAUCGGUGCAUCGUUUGCAGAAGCGGCGAAGUGGACAUAUUGGGGUGAGGCCAACGUGCAGACCAAGUUCUCUGGAAAGGCGUUUGAUAUUCACCACGUCGGCACCUGGUUCUUGAGCCUCCGCCCGUCGGCGGGCGGCAAGGAGGAGCUCUACACCUGGAAGAAGCCCUCGCAGCAGGUUGUUGGCAUCAUCACUGGAAGCCCUGCAGUUGAUAACUAUGGACUCGUCGAGAUCAAGAAUUGGGCGACUGGGGAGAAGGCACUCAUCGAAUUCAAGGCGCGGGGCUGGAAGGCGUCUAGUGCGUACGGGCUGGCUGGCAAGAUCGUCGACAAGGAGGGACGGACUCGUUGGAGUCUUGGCGGGCGGUGGAACUCGAAGCUCUAUGCUCGCUAUACCCCCGGCUUCGAAGCGCAGCUGGACGAAUCAAGCGAGAACCGGGGAAGCAUCAACGAUCCCAGUAAGGCCUUUGUCAUCUGGGAAGCGAAUGACCGGCCCAAGGGCAUCCCGUUCAACCUCACACCCUUUGUGCUCACAUUCAACGACAUCAACGACAAUCUGUGCAAGUACAUUGCGCCUACCGACUCGCGGUACCGCACUGAUCAGCGCGCCAUGGAGGACGGCGAGUACGAUUUCGCGGCCGACGAGAAGAACCGUCUGGAGCAGGCUCAGCGCGCGCGGCGGAAGCUUCGUGAGGAGAACGGACAGCACUUUGCGCCCGCGUGGUUCGUCAAGGCCAAGUGCGAAACCACAGGCGAGUCGUACUGGAAGUUCAACGGCAAGUACUGGGACCAGAGAGAAAAGUUUGGCAAUGGGGAUGCCAAUGCCUGGGAGGGGCUGGAGCCUAUCUACUCUGACGCGUGA